UCACUCGCUGCUUCUGUCUCGCCCUCCUCCUCCUGCUGUGUCACCUGUCGCACAUCCGAGGAGAAGAUGCCGACCGUGAUGGUAGCAGAUAUCGGGGGGACGUCGUCCAGGUUCAUCUUGUACGAGGCCUUGGCAAAGGUGGAGCUCGUUGUGGGACAAAAGGCUCCUGGUGCUCUCGUGUUCCAGAAAACGUACCCGAACGAGAACGUGGCGACCUUCUACUCCCAGGUGUCGGCAUUCUUGGAGGAUGCUGAGGUGGUCGAACCUCCGGAGACGGCCUGCAUCGCGGUGGCUGGCCCCGUAAGUGACAACAGGGUUGUCAUGACCAACCGCGCCUGGGUGAUCGACGGGGCGGAGAUCGAGGAAAUGUUCAACAUCACGUCGGUGAGGCUGGUGAACGACUUCGUUGCCGCCGGGUACGGGCUGCUGACGCUCGACAUCGACGCGGAAUGCGCCAUGCUGCAGGCCGGCGAUCGCAAGGAGGGCGCGCCGAUCGGGUGCAUCGGUUCCGGUACCGGUCUGGGGGAGACGUUCUUGACCUGCCCCGUUGGAGGCGAGGUCUACGACGCGUGGCCGACGGAAGGCGGGCAUUCGGAGAUGGCGCCCAGGAAUGACCUGGAGUACGACCUCAUCAAGUACAUCAAGAAGACGCACGAGACAAGCCGCGUGUCCGUGGAACGCGUGGCGAGCGGCACCGGGCUGGUGAACGUGUACAACUUCCUGGUGGAGACCUUCCCUGAGAGGGUCGACAAGGCCGUGCACGAGGAGUUCCAAGCCGCGGGGGACCAGAAGGGGGCUGUCAUCUCAAAGAAUUCCACCGUGCCGGGAUCCAUCUGCGAGCAGGUGAUGGAGAUCUGGGCGACACACUACGGCGCGGAGGCGGGAGUCAUGGGGCUCCGCUGCAUCCCUACGGGGGGGCUAUUCAUCGCCGGGGGAAUGACGCACAAGAACUUGCGCAUGCUUGAGGGAGAGGACAGCCCGUUCAUGAAGGGUUUCUAUGACAAGGGGCGUGUAUCCAGCCUGCUCAAGGCGGUCCCGGUGUACGCGGUGCUCGUGGAGGACAUCGGCCUGAGAGGGGCACACUUCGUCGCGUACAGGCUCUACCGCAGGCAGCACGGCGACGAGUACAAGAAGCACCACCUGAAGAAGGUGGUGGCGUUGUCCGCGACGAGUGUGCUGACCCUGGCGGCCGUGUCGGCAGCGGUUGGCGCCGCCGUCGCGCGGGCCGUGUCCAGGAGCAACGCGGGCUUCCGGCCCGCGUCGAUGCUGCUCUUCGUGCUCCAGACGAAGGUACUUUUUGGUUUCUGUCCGGCGUUGUCAGCGGCGUUUGUGACGGAGGUGGAAGGGCCCCCGCCGAAUCCUUGGGUUGAAAGCGUGGGGGGAGGUUCGUGGGAGGAAACGUCUGUUUCAGUCAAGGUGCUUUUCGACCUCUGGUUGCAAUGGUGCCCUAUGCUGGCUCUCGUCUCUGGGGUGGGUUCGUGCCGGAAUACUAUCGAAGUUUUGCGGCGGAAUUGGUUCCCGUUCGGUGGGGUCGUGCGACAAGGGGGCGGCCGGCAGUCCUAA